AUGGAUGGACUUUCGUCUGCAGCCAGCGUUAUUGCCGUCAUUCAACUUACGGGUAGCAUUGUAACGAUAUGUGGGGGCUAUAUUCAGGGGGUAAAAGAUGCACGAGACGAUAUAAUUUUCUUACAACGGACGGUUGUAGGUCUUGGAAACGUUCUCCAGAAAAUCGAAGAACUUCUCCAAGAUCCUCGCGGCACAAAGCUAUCCACAUCCUCCACGCUAGUCAAUAAUAUUAGCGAUUGCCUCUCGCACCUCAGGGCCUUGGAAGAGAAGAUUGAGCUAGGGAGAGGAAAGCGAACGAUGAAGAGGCUCGGUAUUCGAGCCUUGAAAUGGCCCCUGAAACGCACAGAGGUAGAGAAGGCCGUGCAAGAUCUCGAGAGAUGCAAAUCAUUAUUCACCUUAUCCCUGCAGGUGGAUCAGACGGCACUCAUCGCCAGUACAUCCCAGACUCUCAGCCUUAUCGACAGGAAUAUGGACCUCGACAAGCUCCCCAUUGCGCAUGGGGCCGAGUAUGACUCAUACAUGGAUCAGCAUGAAGAUGUCUGUCUCACCGGCACCAGAACCGAGCUCCUCCAACUGAUCGCUGAAUGGUCUGUGUCGCCUCAGGGAAAAUGCAUUUUCUGGUUAGAAGGUAUGGCCGGGACGGGGAAAUCGACGAUCUCCCGGACUGUGGCAAAAUCAUUAGACCAAGCCAAGUCACUAGGAGCAAGCUUUUUCUUCAAGAGGGGCGAAGGGGAUCGGGGGAAUGCUGUAAAGUUUUUCCCGACAAUCGUAAAGCAAUUGGCGCUUAGGUUCCCUGAGCUAUUGCCUAGUGUUCGGAAAGCAAUCAAUGAUAACCCUGAAAUUACCAGGAAGUCACUGAGAGGGCAGUUCGAUAGCCUACUUCUUCAGCCACUCCUGAGCCUCGAGCUAUCCAAUUUGGAAAUUCCAACUGCAGUUAUAGUGAUCGACGCACUGGAUGAAUGUGACCAUGAUGAUGACAUACGCGCCAUACUACAAUUACUGCCACGGCUGCGUGAGGCAAAGGGCUUAAGCCUACGAAUUUUCUUGACCAGCAGGCCUGAACUACCCAUCCGUCUUGGAUUCUCAGGUAUUGCAAACCACGACUAUCUGAAUCUGGCUCUUCAUGAGAUUCCUGAGGCAGUUACCGCGCACGAUAUAUCGUUAUUCUUUCGCCGCCGACUUUCAAAAAUCCGGAAGGAACGGUUCCUCCCUCCUGGAUGGCCUGGGGACAUGGAUAUUCAAGCUCUUGUUGGAUUAUCUGUCCCUUUAUUCAUUUUCGCCGCUACCAUAUGCCGCAUGUUUGAGGAUCCACAGUGGGACCCUGUGGAUAGCCUCACAGGGAUCCUCACCCAUCGAGGUGAGGGAUCGCAGCUGAAUAGAACGUAUCUUCCCGUGCUAAAUCGACUUCUGGCAAACCAAACCGGGAAACGGAAAAAGCAGCUAGUUCAAGAAUUUCAUGAGGUGGUGGGUACAAUCGUGAUGCUUGAGAGCCCACUCUCGAUUACCUCACUUUCGAGGCUCAUUGCCGUCUCUGAACGACUGAUCGACUUAAGACUGGAUUCAUUUAAGUCGGUGAUUCGUGUUCCAGAUGAUAAGACAAUCCCAGUGCGGCCUUUCCAUCUAUCAUUUAGGGACUUCCUCUGUGAUCCGGAAACUCGUGAGAAGACUUCACUAUGGGUGAAUGAGAAAGAAAUACAUCAAAGACUGACUACGCAAUGCCUCUCUAUGUGUGGUAAUUUGCGACGGAAUAUCUGUGGACUGCCAAGAGAUGGGACUCAGCGCGCGGAUAUUAAUCCUCAGACCAUUGCCCAAUGCCUAUCCCCAGAGCUGCAGUACUCUUGUCGCUUUUGGGCACAGCAUCUAGCUCAAAGUAGGGACCGUAAUUCGUUGAUGCAUAAUGCUUUCUUGUUCCUGCAGAAGCAUUUCCUGCACUGGAUUGAAGCAAUGAGCCUUCUCGGCCUUGGAUCUGAUGUUGUUGGGAUAAUUAAUCUGCUACAGUCAGUCGCUCAUGGAGACAAGGAUGACGAAAUUUCCGAAUUCUUACAUGAUGCAAAGCGAUUUAUACUUAGAAAUAGACAGAUUGUUGAUACCGCGCCCCUCCAGCUUUAUUCCUCAGGCCUUGUGUUUACACCCAAAAUGGCGAUAAUCCGGAGGCAAUUUGAAGGAGAGCUCCCCGAGUGGAUAUGCAGAUUGCCUGAAAUUGAGCAAAACUGGAAUGCGGAACUGCAGACCCUUGACGGCCAUUCAGAUUGGGUUGAGUCGGUAACUUUCUCUCCUGAUGGCCGAUUGCUAGCGUCUGGCUCUGUUGAUAAGACAGUUCGGCUCUGGGAUGCAGCCACCGGCUCGCUGCAACAGACUCUUGAAGGCCAUUCAGCUAAGGUUGAGUCGGUAGUAUUCUCUCCCGACGGCCGCCUGCUGGCGUCUGGCUCCUACGAUACGACAGUCCGGCUCUGGGAUGUCGCUACGGGCGCUUUGCAGCUGACUCUCGAAGGCCAUUUAGGUUGUAUUAAUUCAGUGGCAUUCUCUCCUGACGGCCACGUACUAGCGUCUGGCUCAAUUGAUAAGACAGUUCGGCUCUGGGAUGCCGCCACCGGCUCGCCGCAACAGACCCUUGAAGGCCAUUUAGCUGAGAUUGAGUCGGUAGUAUUCUCUCCCGACGGCCGGCUGCUAGCGUCUGGCUCACAGGAUUCAACAGCCCGAAUCUGGGAUGCCGCUACUGGCGCUCUACAGCGCACCCUCGAAUAUCAUUCAGGCUCAGUCAGGUCGGUAGCAUUCUCUCCAAACGGCCGACUGCUAGCUUCCGGCACUUGCCAUAAUAUAGUCCGGCUCUGGGAUAUAGCUACGGGGGCUCCUCAGCAGACUCUCGAAGGCCAUUCAGGUUAUGUUAAUUCAGUGGCAUUCUCUCCCGAUGGUCACAUACUUGUAUCUGGUUCCCAGGAUACAACUGUCCGAAUCUGGGACGCUGUUACGGGAGCUCUACAGCGCACCCUCGAAGGUCAUUCAGGCUCAGUUAGGUCGGUAGCAUUCUCUCCGAAUGGCAGACUGCUAGCUUCCGGCACCUGGCAUAAUAUAGUCCGGCUCUGGGAUAUCGCUGCGGGGGCUCCUCAGCAGACUCUCGAAGGCCAUUCAGGUUGUGUUAAUUCAGUGGCAUUCUCUCCCGACGGCCACGUACUGGCGUCCAGCUCUUAUGAUAAGACUGUCCGGCUCUGGGAUGCUGCCACAGGCUCGCUGCAACAGACCCUCGAAGGCCAUACAGACAUAGUUUGGAGGGUAGUAUUCUCUUCUGACGGCCGAUUGCUGGCGUCUAGCUCCCAGGAUCAGACAGUCCGGCUCUGGGAUACCUCCACAGGCGCUAUGCAACAGAUCCUUAGAGGCCAUUCGCGUCGGGUUUGGCCCGUAAUAUUCUCUCUCGACAGCCGAAUGCUGGCAUCUGGCUCUAUUGAUAAGACAGUCCGAAUCUGGGAUGCCACCACUGGUGCUCUGCAACAGACUCUCGAAGGUCAUUCAGCUGAGGUUGAAUCGGUAGCAUUCUCUCCCGACGGCCAGCUGCUAGCGUCCAGUUCCCACGAUAUGACAGUCCGGUUAUGGGAUGUCGCCACGGGCGCUCUAAAACAGACUUUAAUGGUUGAAGGAGUAGUCACCACCUUGGAAAUUUCUGAAGAUGGUUCAAGUCUGAGCACUAAUCUUGGAUCCUUUAAUAUUCAGUCCAGCUUGGGCAAUCAUACCCCCAUUCCACCUCUGGGGAACACCAAGGUAUUUAUACGGGAGAACCAGUGGAUUGCCUUUGACGGUGAAAAAGUCUUAUGGCUUCCCCAUGAAUACCGAGCCCAAUGUUCGGCUGUCAAUGAUAAUACUCUUGCUGUAGGACAUAUAUCGGGGCGGAUCUCAUUCAUGGCAUUCUCAUAA